UACCUCUUCAACGUGAUCUAUACAGUAUAUAAUGUCAGCCAAAAACUAUCGUGAAAUCCUCAUAAUGUCUUUCUCCCGGUGACAAAUCUAAUUAUUUCCCUUUCAUUUGUUCUAUUUCUUUGACCCCUAUUAUCUUUAUUAGACUUUUAUAGACCGCUAUAGACAAUAGACGGAACAUUUUCCCUCGAUAAAAUGUCCAUUUCCAUUGAGGAUUUCCCUCAAAUUUGGCAGAAGCCCUCGGCCGAGGAACUUCUAGCGUCUCUUAAGAAGCUCCAGGUCGAGCCUCCGAUAUGGAGUCCUAAAACCUCGCGAAAGAUUAUAAUAGAAACUUAUCAAAACGCUGCCCGGUUUCGUCUCGAAGUUGCCGCCUACUUGUCUAGUAUAGUCUCGAGUAGUCUCGGAUGGAUUCAGGAUGACGAUGAAAAGGAGGCGUUGUGGGAUGAGGCGAGCCGUCGCAUUUCGGAACGUUGUGGUCGGGCGGGAAUGGGCGAAAUUACGCGGAGGUGGCCCUUAGAAACCCAGGCGUCGUCUCCGUUUGAACUCAUCAUUCGAGAGCCUCCUAUCAUUGGCGACUGUCUUGGCCUAAAAACCUGGGGAUCUUCCUUUCUAUUAGCACAGUCUCUAGACAAGAUCGCGGAAAAGUCAUUAUUCCACUUACUCCAAUUGGGACACCCGAACCCGUUUUUGGACGUUCUCGAACUCGGUUCCGGCACGGGGCUCUUGGGAAUGGCUGCUGCAGCAAUUUGGCAGACCAAUGUGGUUUUGACCGAUCUUCCAAGCAUCAUGCCCAAUCUUGAUUUUAAUAUCGAGAAGAACCGAUCAACCAUCGAAAUCUUAGGAGGAGGAGUUGAGUCUGGUGCUUUGACGUGGGGCUCUGAGGAAGACAACGCCGGGCAAUUUAGCGAGAAGAAUCAGUUCAAAAUCGUUCUCGCCGCAGACUCUCUAUACGACGAUGACCACCCUGAGCUCCUGUCGUCAGCCAUAGAUGACCAUUUGAUGACAGACAAGGAUGCCAGGGCCGUUGUAAUGGUCCCCCAAAGAGAUUUGGUCACUAAAAAAUUAGUAGUAAAAUUUCUAUCACUCAUGGCAUCUUCUAAUUUGGUAGUUAUAGAAGAGCACACUUUAGUCGGGCAAGAUGAUUGGGAUGAUGAUAGAGAAGACUCAGGAGUAGAAUGUUGGUGGGCAGUCUUCGGGAGACAAUGAUACCCAUUCGCUCUCACACAUAGACAAUGUUUUCAAGACAUAGAAUUAUAGAUCACUAGUAGAUAGAUGAAUAGAUAGGUAGGUAGGUAGAUAGGCAGAUGGUGAGUUGAA